UCCUGCACCACUCUUUCCUCUUUUUUUUUUUUUCAUUUCAAUUUUUUAGAGGUUGAAAGACGCGAUUGAGGGUACCAUCUAGAUCGUCAUUUAAUUCAUUUCCUACUUAUCGCAAAAUUUUUUCUUGAUUCGCUUUUCAACCGUUCCGCAAGAUGUCUGGCAUGCUUCCUGUUGCCGUCUACGGCCUCGAGGUGCCGGCUGGCGAUGUCAUCAUCCCAGCUGUUCCUGAUUUCCCUGCGACUUUCCGCAUCACCAUGGCCGCCAUUGACCCUAGCGCCCCGGCCCAGAAUGAUGCCGCCAACGGCAACGCCACUCCUCGUGCGACACUGAAGAUCAUUCGCCAGGCAAUUGAUGCCGAGGACGAGGACGACGAGGACGACGAGGAUGAGGAAUAUCUUCGCAGACUUAUCGGUGGCUCCGACUCUGAGGAGGAGGAGUCUUCUGACGAGGAAGCUAAUGGCGGUCCCAGCGACCCUUCCAAGAGCAAGAAGGCUCGCAAGGAGGCUGCCGUUGAGGCCCUGAAGAAGGCCCUCGCCGAGCAGGACGCCAUGGAGGUUGACGGCGAGGCUAAGAAGUCUACCAAGGGUAAGGGCAAGGCUAGCGAGGAGGAGGAGUCUGACGAGGAGAGCGACGAGGAGGACGACGAGGAGGGUGAGGACCUCGAGAUCGAGGAAUUUGUUAUUUGCACCCUCGACCCUGCCAAGCACUACCAGCAACCCCUUGACAUCACCAUCGGUGAGGGUGAGCGCUGCUUCUUUAAGGUCUCUGGUACUCACACUGUUUUCCUCACUGGUAACUACGUUGUGCCUGCUGGUGAUGACCACCACCACGACGAUGAGGAGGACGAGGAGGAUGAGGACUAUGACCUUUCUCCUGAUGAGGAUGAGCUCGACGAUGAGUACGAUGAGGACGAGGAGAGCGAUGAGCUUGAUACUCUCGAGAACCCCCGUAUCUCCGAAGUCGCCAGCGAGGACGAGGAGGUAGCUCCCAAGCUUGUUGAGGCUUCCAAGGCCGACAAGAAGGGUAAGAACAAGCGUGCCGCUGAGGAAACUGCCACUCUCGAUGCUGCCAUCGCCAAGGACCAGAAGAAGCAGAAGAACAACGCCGGCAAGGCCAUCGAGAAGAAGGAGGAGAAGGCCAAGGAGAGCCCCGCCGGCAAGGGCGAUAAGAAGGUUCAGUUCGCCAAGAACCUCGAGCAAGGUCCUACCGGCUCUGCCGCCAAAGAGGAGAAGGCCAAGGCCACUACCGGCGUGAAGACUGUUCAGGGCGUCAAGAUUGAUGACAAGAAGCUCGGUUCUGGUCCUGCGUCCAAGAAGGGCGACAAGGUCAGCAUGCGUUACAUUGGCAAGUUCCAGGACGGCAAGGUCUUUGAUGCCAAUAAGAAGGGCAAGCCUUUCACCUUUACUCUCGGCAAGGGUGAGGUCAUCAAGGGCUGGGACAUUGGUGUCGCCGGCAUGUCCGUCGGCGGUGAGCGCCGCAUUGUCAUCCCGUCCAACCUUGCCUAUGGCAGCCGUCCCCCGCCAGGCAUGCCCCCGAAUGCUGCCCUCACCUUCGACAUUAAGAUGCUGGAGAUUAAAUAAAUUGCCUGCAUUUGACCAGCUAGCAUGAUCUAAGGGUUCAUACGGGGAGUUUGGAAAGACUAGGUUUCAAAACGGAAAAUUGUCUCUUGUCUCUUUUUUUUUUUUUCAAGUACAUUAUCAAGCAUAUGUUUCGACAGGCUUUCGACCUUGUGUGCAUAUGCAGUUUGGAGAUUUUUUCUUUGUUCACAGCCGGCGCAUGAAUUGUUCAGGCUCUUGCGUGUCCUUCACUCAGCCAGUGGCAAGUGGAACUUGCGUUAAUGAGCGGGCUUCCUACUAGAUUGCUCUUCAACUCGGUCCUCAUCUGUUGAUUGUUGGACACUUGACCGGGUAUCUUGUACAAUUAAUUUCUCCUAGAUUGGCUAAAAGUUAACUUGAUUUCCAAAAUCC